UCAAAAAUAUAUAUAUAAAAUACAAAUUCUCUUUCUCGUUGCAGAUUGCAUAGUUAUCGCAAGAUGACGUAGUAGAAAACUUCUGUGUUCUCUUGUAUUUAAAACGAUAAUAUCUCUAAUUCAGGAAGAUAGCGCCAGACUAACGCUAAACUUCGCCGAUUCGAUUUCCAGGAGGGAGUUUGCACUUCCUCCAGCCUGAGACACAUUUUCGGCACCCGCCAAAAUGACAAGAUCAAAAAUAGAAUUAGGCGACGUGACACCACAUAACAUAAAGCAACUGAAGUUGCUUAACCAAGUUGUGUUCCCAGUUUCGUAUAACGAAAAGUUUUAUAAGGAUGUAUUGGAAGCUGGAGAACUUGCAAAACUAGCAUAUUAUAAUGACAUAGUAGUUGGAGCAGUUUGCUGUCGUGUAGAUACUUCUGAAAAUUCUAGGCGUUUAUAUAUAAUGACAUUGGGUUGUCUUUAUCCAUAUAGAAGAUUAGGAAUUGGCACUGUUAUGGUUCAGCAUGUCUUAAACUAUGUUAACAAGGAUGGUAAUUUUGAUUCCAUCUUCUUACACGUUCAAAUAAGUAAUGAAGGCGCGAUUGACUUUUACAAGAAAUUUGGAUUCCAAAUUGUUGAAACUAAAGAACAUUACUACAAGAGAAUAGAACCGGCAGAUGCGCACGUAUUACAAAAAACACUUCGCCCCCGAGGAAAUCAAACAAAUCAUCAAACUGUCAAUCCAUAAGUAGCAUUGUUUUCAUUAAUUUAUCUUGUUUGUAAAUUAAAAAAAAAACCGUUACAUAUAUAUAUACAUUUUUCAUGUUCUGUUAAAAUAAAAUUCAAUUUUGUUUCGUAUCUCUUGUAACAAAAAUGUCCCGUUUACGUAAGGCUGAUCAUUUUUUUUUUCUUCUGUAUGUACACGUAUAUGUAAACAAAAAAUUUUAAGUAAACUGAAAAUUUAUAACGGUCUGCCGAACGAAAAAGACAAAUGUUGUAAUUUGUUUUUUUAAAAUAAAAAAAAAAGUUGCACAACCGUAUCUUCUAUUUUAUAUAUUUUUUUAUUGUCCAUCAAAUUUUCUCUACUUAGAUGUAAUUUAAAAAUUUUAUAAACAAUAUUUAAGCCAUCUUUUUUACGAUAGAAAAACAUUGGCAUUUAAACGAUAUCACAUCGUGAAAUUACACAUGCGCACAAACAAUAGUAUAUAUUAUGUUAAGGAGUCUAUUCACUCUCGAGCCUUGAAUAGACGGAGCCUUAAAUAAAUAUUACAAAAAUAGAAUGUACAAAAUUGCUGUGCAAAGAAAUUUGUGUAUAAAUAUUGAUCUUACGAUAAUACCAUUAUCAAUAUAAUCGCGCAAUCUCUAUCACAAUAUGUAAUUACAUACCAUAAUAAUUCCGUGAUCGUGUAUUUAGAAAUACAUACAUUUUUUUUUUUUUUUU